GCUUGUUCACUUCACUGUCCAUUAUAUCUGACAAGCCUGUGAUAAACUUGAAACAAGUCUCCUUGAUCCGACACCUCCCCUUCUCUCCCCCGCUGCCUGCAGCAAUAAAUUCAAGCACAAAUUCACCCAACUCCCACAGGCAGCUGCAGGCUCCUCGACACAGAUGAGGAUGGAUAAGAGGUCUCGGAGCUCUUCCAGGGAGUCUCACAGGAGACGCAGAGAGCCCCCAGCCACACAGAGAAAACGAGAGAAGAAGGAGAGCAGGAGAGAAGCUGGCAAAGGAGGGGAAGACAUAAAGCAGGAGAAAGCAAAGGAGAUCAAGAGCACCGCGGGGGCUGAUGGCAGGGUGCACACAUCCACAGUGGUGGACGUGGAUGAUGUGAUAUCUGAUGAAGAAAUGGAGGCAAUGGCGUUGCUGGACAGCGAGCAGCAAGAGGAAGGUGUGAAGUCUCCAGGUCUGGGCAUCUGUGAGUGGCUUCUGACCAUCUUGUCUUUCCUGUUCGUCGUAAUGACCUUCCCCAUUUCUGUCUGGUUCUGCAUGAAGGUAGUGCGGGAGUACGAGCGAGCCAUCGUUUUCCGACUUGGGCAUCUCCUUCCUGGCAGAGCCAGAGGGCCUGGCCUUUUCUUUUUCCUUCCCUGUCUGGACACCUAUCACAAGAUAGACCUUCGCCUCAAAACCCUAGAGAUCCCCUUCCAUCAGGUGGUGACCAAAGACAUGGUUACCUUGGAGAUAGAUGCUGUGUGCUACUACCGGUUGGAGAACGCUUCUCUUCUCCUCACCACCCUGAGCAGCAUCUCCAGUGCCAUCCAGCUGCUGGUGCAGACCACCACAAAGCGCCUCCUGGCACAUCGAGCCUUCUCUGAACUUCUGUUGGAGAGGAAAAGCAUCAGCCAGGAGAUAAAGGUGGCUUUGGAUGCGGUCACAGGCUGCUGGGGGAUCAAAGUGGAGAGAACAGAAAUCAACAACGUGCAGCUGCCUGCUGAAGUCCGGCAGUCCCUGGCUGUGGAAGCGGAGGCCCAGAGACAGGCCAAAGCACGGGUGAUUGCUGCUGAGGGGGAAAAGGCUGCUUCUGAGUCCCUGCGGAUGGCAGCUGAGAUCCUGUCCAGUGCCCCUGCUGCUGCUCAGCUCCGUUACCUCCACGCCCUGCACUCCCUUACUGCAGAGAAACCUCCUGCUUUCAUCUUGCCCUUGCCUUUGGAUGCCAUGAACCUGGUCUCUCCAGCUACCCAGAGUCCUCCAGCAGUAAGCAACCUCCUCACAGAUACCUCAAAGCUCCCAGACAGCCCCAAAGACAAGAAGGACUCACCCAUGCUCUAA